AUUUAUAUACCAAUAUAUGUGUGUGUAUACCUGACUCAACAGACCAUUCUACGCUGCGAACGUCAAACCCUCCACCGACUCCCGAAGAGCAAGGCACUCGUCUUCGCCUUCCACACGUACGUGUAUCCGAUUCAGAGCAUCAAGGACGAAGGUCUGGGAGAGGAGCUGGCACGGGCCAUUGACGGGCUGAAGGAGGGUAGUGCGCCGCGGAUGCACAUUUACAAGAGAGGGGCUGUAUGGGGAGAGGCCGUCAAGGCGUUUUUGAGGAGUUGAGCUGUAUACCUCGGGUAUACAGUCAAUAAGUUUGGAAAUUGGCUCACACCCAGAUGUCCGUUGGUUCAGGUAAAUGCUGUUGACUACCAGGCAACAAGGCAGGGCAAAAUGAGCUUGCGCACACUCUGGCUCACUCUGCCUAGAACCCAAGGAUUUGCCCAAUGAGUCACUUGUCUUUUCCCUUGUGCUCAGCCACCUUUCCUUGGGGCGAUGUACAUGCGCAGUGUACAUACACGUAUCGAGGUAUCUGCAGUGUAACAUCUAAAUAUAAUCAACGGGCCAAGAGGCCCGAUCCACGGUGCGGGACGGGAAGGAGAUCUGUGCAGGGUGUCUGUGGAAGGAGAGUUUAUGCAAGGAACACUAUAGAAGAUGAUGAAGAGAAUAGAUCAGUUAGCUGAAGGGCCCUUGUCGGUGUUAUUUAUAUCCCUGGCUGUUUGAUUUACUCCAGACUGACACUGACCCUCUCCAUCUUCUCUGCUCCACCAUCGGCAGUGUCAACUUAUCAACUUCAGCUUUAACUUCAGUCUCAAGUGAACCUCUUCACCCAUGGCCAAAUGGCAUCCCUAUUUCAUUCUUUCUCCCUUUCCCCUUGAAUCCAGAUGACUGUGACAGUAACAGUAAUUUUGCAUUCACCUGACCUGAAACGGGCACCCGCGGUUGACCUGCUUUCCUCUUCUGGUCGCGACAAUGAAGAGUCAUCUGCUCCCCCUCCGCUCCCUCCUCUUCUCCCUCCUCCUCUCCCUCUUCCUCUCCUGCGCUCUCUUCUUCUCUCCUCCUCCUCUCUCUGCCUAUAAGAGACUCUGUCUUUGUCCUAUCGUCUCUUCUACACUCCCUCCCUCCCUCUCACCCUCUUUCUCUAUCUCUCACCAAGUCUCCGACCCGCUUGUAUGUCCACGAAACCAUGCCAGGAAGGGAAGUCAAGCGUUUUGGCCUGACUCAGAUCUGGUGCUCUGAAGAGCCGCUGGUCGACAUCGUCUUAGUGCAUGGCUUGAAUGGUCACCCAAACGACACCUGGACCAGCGAGUCUGGCGUCUUUUGGCCCGCUGACCUCCUUCCUCAACUUGGCCCGAAGUAUGUCCGCGUCCUGACUUACGGGUAUAACGCCUCCAUUGCCUCUUUCACUGACAGCGUCUCGCACGAUGGCAUCCUCCAGCAUGCCGAGACUCUGUCGGGGGAUCUCUCUGCCAAUCGAAACCUGCGUAAUUGCACUGAUCGCCCCAUCAUCUUUGUCUGCCAUUCGCUGGGAGGUCUGGUGGUGAAGCGCGCCCUUCUCUACUGCAGAAGCAUUGCGCACGAGAACAUAGAGCAUCUACGCUCGAUCUAUGUGUCCACUUAUGGUAUCCUCUUUCUUGGAACCCCCCAUAAUGGCUCCGACAUGGCGAAAUGGGGUCACCUGCUGCAGAGCAUCUGCGGCGCAGUUUUCCCCAAGAAAUUCAUGGACUCCUCUCCCAACCUUAUCAAGGCGCUCAAGACCAACAAUGAGCUCCUGCAGAAUAUCAACUCCGAGUUCGCAGAUGUAGCAAGUCGCUUCCAUAUCUACUUCUUCCACGAAACUCGCGCAACUCGCGUCGGUACCACUCGUGAAAUGAUCGUGGACGAACACUCGGCCGCACCCUACAUCGAGGGCGUUGAGCGCAUGGGCAUUGAAGCUGAUCAUGGCCGCAUGUGCAAAUUCGACAGCGAAUCUGCUCCCGGGUACGAAGCCGUUGCGGAGGCUCUUCUCCGCUAUUCCCGUGAUGCUCCUUCUAGGAUCGCCGAUCGAUGGAUCGAAGAAAAGAAAAGGCGCCUGCUGGAGAGACAGACCAGAGCCAACGAGAUCUUCAAUAGCCCAAAUUUGUCCUCCUCGAACAUGGGUGGUGGUCUUAGUGUGAGCGUGCCGGAUAUGAACAAUAUUGGUAGGCUCGCUCUCCUUCCUGCACCAAAUGUUGUCUUGCCAGAGAAUCGUGCCAUAGGGUUUCAAGACGCUAGUCCCCACUACGGGCAUAAAAGCGAAGAAUGGAGAGAAGAAGAGGCCAGGCAUUCGUUUCUCUGACAUGACAGACUUAGGAAUUCCUGUACCUACUUAGUUACUCUGUCGGAAUUGUCUGGCUUAUGCUGAAUUUCGAUUCGACUUCAAAUGAACAUGCAAUCCACUCCACAGUAGGAUUAUACUGAC